AUGUCAAGUAAAUCGAAUUCAGGAGAAUAUAGUUAUUCACCAAUUGCGAAUCGCACAAGAUCAAAAUCGAGGGAUCGAAGAAAUCAGAGAAAAUCGCUUGUUCAAUUGGAUGUUCAAGCGAAAGAGGUUGUAUUUGAUUCGGAAAGCAAUUCGAUUGAAACAACGAUUGUGAAGACAAGUGUCCGAAGAACAUCGAGAUCAGCUCGAAGCCGAACCAGAUCUAGAUCUUCAAGAUCAAGACAUUCAUCGAAUAAAGAUUCAUCGUCAAAUUCAAGAUCUCGUUCCCGAUCUCCUCGCCGAAAACAUCGUCAACGAAAGCAUCGCCACGGAGAACGCCGUGUUAGUUUUGCUAAAAAACUACGCAUCUCCAAAACUGACUCGUGAGUUUUUUUUUCUUCAAAGGCUAACUGAAAACUGAGCUGAAACAUUUUAGAUCAACUUCAAAACCACUUCCAUCAAGCAGAAAAAAAGAAAGGAGAAGUAUUCUGGUUGAUCCGAAGGAUUCUGUCUUCAAUCGGGAAGAAAAUAGAUCUGAUAGAUCUAGGUCGAGAAGUUCAAAAUCUGAAAUUUCGAGAAGAUCGAAGAAACCCAGAGAAAGAAAACCGAGGAGAAAAGCCUGA